AUGCUCAUCGGCGAACUCUUCAAGCUGAAGAUGCUCGCUGAGGCCGUCGUUCACAGCUGUGUGCUCAAGCUGCUGGAGCGGCGGGAUGAGGAGUCGCUGCAGUGUCCGGGCACGCUGCUCGCCACCGCCAGGAAGGACCUCAACGUUAAAGGGGGCAAUCCUCAAAUAGAUCUGUUCAAUAUUAAUAAACUCCUGGUUUCGUGCGCGAAAGCAAGCAUGGACAGAAACGUGUCCCUCCUCAACCUGACCUCAGUCCCGACUCGGCUGCCCCUCAACGCCACGCUUCACGUCAACGCCACGGAGAAGCCCUUCAGCGUGUUUGACGGCUGUGAGCGCUACGUGGAGGGCAUCCUCUUCGACCUGACCAUCCAGUGCAUCAACGUGUUCGUGGGAAUCCCGGCGAACCUGUUCGUCAUAGCAGUCCUCAUCCGCAACCGCAAAGAGCCCUCCACUUCAGACAUAUUCUUAGGCUGCCUGGCCUUUAUGGACACCUACUUUGGCAUCAUGACCCCUCUCACCUUCUUUAACCUUUACCUGUGGGGCAGCAAAGACGUGUGGUCCUCCAUCAAGUUCUCCUACGGCGUGAAAGACACCAGCGGCCCGCUCUUCCUGUCCUGCAUCUGCCUCGACCGCUUCAUCGCCGUCCUCUUUCCCAUCACGUUCGGGCAACUCAAGCACUUCAAGUACAGGCUGGGCCUCUCGCUGCUGGUCUUCUCCCUCACCUUCGCCUAUUCGGCCGCCAAGACGGUGGGAGGCCUCCCCAACUUUGAGAAGGUGUUCACCGGCGAGAUCCUGGCGGCGUUCACCUGGAUGGUUCUGUGCAACAGCAGCAUCCUGUGGGCCUUGAAGAGGUCCCGGGGCGCGGGGAAAGACGAAAUGCACCCCAUGAAGAAGAAGGCCUUCAAAACGGUGCUGUCCAUCCUGUGUGUCAUCGUGGUCAACUACCUGCCGCCCGUCGCUCUGUUCCCCUUCGAGGACUACUACCCUCCGGACGCUUUCCGCUGCUACGUGCAGCCGGUGGGCUUCGCCUUCGUCAACAUCAGCAGCACCUCCCAGCCGCUCAUCUACCUGUCUCGGCUGGAAAAAGUGCCCUUCUUCCCUGAUUCCUGCCUGAAGAAGUGUAACUGUCUCGUUGGGGAGAAAACAAACACAGAAUCAUCCCCUGCUGCACAGAAUCAGACCGCCUAG